AUGCGCGUGUCAAGCCAGCUUAGUAGCAAGCGCAAGCUGAGUGCAGAAUCCGUGCGCAUUUUGGAUGUCUUUGAGCACUGGUUGCUCCACAUGUCACCCUUCGUCAGCAUGCGUCCUGCAUCUGUUCCACUCAUUGAAGCUCGCGCAGACGCCAGCGCCCAAGGUCAGCAGGCAUGUAUCGGUGGUUAUGUUUACCACCCGCAGUUAGGUCAAAGGUGGUUUCGUGAGCAAUACAGUUAUGAGGAGUUCAGGCAGCUUGGGAUCCCAGUCCAAUCUGACAUGCAGCUCGAUAUUGCGUGUUAUGAAACCUUGGCACAGUCAGGGUUGAUUGUCGCAGCAUCGGAGUUGCUUCCGAGUUCCCGGGUCACCAUCAGGCUCCACACACAGUCUGACAACACAGGAGCAGAAGCUGGUAUAAAUUCAGCGUUGACCACCGCCAAGCCAUUGUGUUAUUUUCUCGAGCGCAUUGCACUGUUGGCUGCUAUGCAUAGGGCAGUUCCGGAUGUGAGUCACACAGCGGGGGAGCGCAACGUGAAAGCUGAUGCACUUUCUCGUCCUGACGAGUAUGAUGUUCCUUCCGAUUGUGUUGCCAAUGACAGGCUUCGGCUGCCGCUGAAAUCUCUGUGGCUCCCGAGGCCGACGCCUCACAUCUGCCCCGAAGGGGCUUCACUUUGCUGGGCAGUGCGGGAAUCCGGAAUGCCGAGCAACCCCACGUAG